CUGCAGCGUGCGGCCCUGGCGCUGGAGCGAGCCUGGCCGCUCGGCGCGGGCACGCGCGAAAGCGCGGUGCUGUGGUGCUUCCGCGCAGGAGGGUGUGCGAAAGUCUUCAGAGACAAUGCAGUUCGUGUGAAAACCCCUUUAGAGGACAAACUUUUAGGAAAACUCAGCUUAUCCAGGCGUGUUGAAUUGGCUGUCCUGUUAAGGGGGGGUAGAGACUUCAAGCUAGUACCUGUGUCUUCUGCUGAGACAGCUGCUUUGUCUACUUAGAUGUUACAUUGGUAGCAUGUCACCUUUUGCUGGGGCUUGGCCCACUAAGGGGAGUUGUUGUGUAGCUUACGCUUUGAAGUCAACUUCUAACACUGCUGCUUGGGGUUGUGCAAGGCCUGCUUUCAUGGCAUGAGAGAUUCUGCAUUCCAGCACUUUCACCACGUGCAUUUUAGAUGAAAUAAAAUGUGUUAAUUUUAUGUGGGAUUAGGCUGCUAAUUGGAAAAUAGAGGGGGGUUUGUGUUUAGGCAUGUGGGAGACCAAUGCCCGCAGGGGAUGAAUAACCAGGAGCUAGCUGUGAGAAUCUCGGUAACCGCUGUGGUCAUACAGGGGCUGUGCUGCGAGGCUUCUGGGGAAGUACUGUAACUUUCAUGUGUUCCUUGUCAGCAGGAAGCUUACCCACUGACCCUUGCAAUGCAUGUAAGCUUUUCAGGCAACUGGUAUUCAAAUUUUGAUGUCAUGUUUCCGAGAAGUCAUAAGGACCGAUAUUUAGGUGAAUGGUUGCCUCUUACCUGUAAUGAGGAUGGCUUAUAACCAUACUCUAGAGAACAAAGAUGCUUAAUAAUAAGUGCCAGGGAAACAAAAGCAAGAAAGGAACUUGGUCUUAGGCCAGCUGGUUAUUUGGCUAUCCCCACACAGCUUCAGAAACAAACUUGUGAUGGAUAUUUUUCUCUUCAUACUGUAGGUGGUUCAUAGACAACAUCUAAUUUGGAGUGUGUUUUUAGUUCAUUAAAUGGCAAUGUUCUUGGUUGUAACAGUUUUCAGCUACUGCUUGAUUUCUAUCAUGUCCAGGAAAGAAGGUGGUGAAAGCAUAUGGGAUGCCAUCAGAAGUUACAUUUGAAUAGCAUCAGUCAAAAAAAUUAUCUUGGAUGGAUGCAAAGGUCCUAUAUUGUUUUAUCAACCUCAGUUUAUCAGAAGAUUUAAGUCCUAAAAUAAAUUUUCACUGGUGAUGAUACCCAUGGAUAAUUUUCUACAGACUAAAUGGAUGAAUCCAUUUGAAAUAUAAUACAGGAUAUCUCUGAAAGAGUGAAAUACAACUGCAUUUCUAGGAUCUUAAACUUUUAUAGUGAACUUCAAGUAUUGAAAAGCUGGAUUAGCUCUGGAGUUCCAUUUCUGGUGUUCUAUUUCCUAACUCUGCAGAACUGCCUCUUGCAGCAACUUCUAUUUACAACAUUCCCAAACACAUGUAGCUAAAUGUCUGCAUUUUAAUGAACACUUGUGGCUGUAGUGAGUAUUUUAAAAACCAGUAUAGCAUGAAUUUUUUAAAAAAGGCCUUUUGUGCUGUGUAAGGUGGGCUUAUUUUUAAUAAACUAGAAAAAGCUAGUAAUUUCUUGGCUAGUAUGGUACUAUAUACAUGAAUUAAAGCUAAUUCUAAUUAUUUGCUCAAGUUUCACUGAUCUCUUAGAGCUUAUUAAAAGUUUUAAUUUGUCAGUAAUAUCCUGAAACUCCAUUUCACACAGCAAUAACUUAAUACAGUAUUUUCAUGCUAAAACAGCAUGUAAAAUAUUGCAUUUCUAACAAACUUUUUAACUAAUUUUAAAUAAUUCUAGGGCUUCUUAAUUGUUUAGUUGAAAUCGUAAUUUUCUGAGAGGUGAAGCUAUCUCCUACCCAUACUGUGAAAGUUCCUUAUAGACAUUUAUUGCACAUAAAUUAAGAUGAAGUACUGAUUAGUGAAUUCACGUUUGACUGUUCAAUUAGCAAUAAUAAAUUAAGAUAAGUCUGCUGAAGAAUUAAGAACUAUGUUUUUAAACUACAUUUAAUUAAACUGUUUUAACCUCACUAUAAUUCUGCAUCUGCUGUAUGUUCCCAAGUGUCAAGAUUAAGCCCUAUUGUAAAUAAUUUAUUUUUCUAUGCAAGUUUGACAUGGUAAACUUCCAAUUAUUUUUUAUACAUUUAAUUUUAUAGGUUCUAGGGAGAAAAGUGGUGUUUUUACAAGCUAAAUUAUAUAAUAACCCUUUGAAUUUUAGGUAUUUAAAUGGUUUUUAAAAGACCAAGUAGAAUUUUUGGCACUUACUAAAAACACAACACUAUUAUUAUAAACCAUAUCGCUUGAAGUCAAACUUACACAGCAAUCAAAAAUGCCAGAGAGAACUCAAAUUCAUAUUUUUGUGGGAGCACCCAGUAUUCCAAGCCCACUGGAGGUGUCAGAGCAAAGUAGUUCAGCACCCACUGGUGAAAAAUGGAAGGAACUCCGCUAUUUGUGUGAUACACACAGUCUUUUUUCUGAAAAAGUCAAAACUGCUGACCCUGUGAUGUCUCAGGCAGAAAGCUCUGUGGUCACAGCAGUUCCUACAGAUGAUGACAACUCUCAGCAGUUUGAACAGGGGAGAUUAAUGGUAGCAAAAGAAUAUUCUACAUCACUUGUACCCAUGCCAGUAAUUUGCACCAGCACACCUAAAAAGACCAAAAGUGUAGUUUAUUCUGAUUGUCAAAUAUCUAAAGAUAGAUGUGCACAUGCAAAUGUAAAUCAGGCUGCAGAUCAGCACCUUCCACAAAAGUUUGCAGAAUCAGCUAGACAAGAUAAACAAUUACCUGGCUGUUGUUCACACCUCACAGAGAGAAAAGCUAGUCCUUCGGAAGUUAACAGCUCUGUCAUUUCUGAUUUGGUUGCCAGUACUAAGCAUAUUAGCAUACAUCUAAAGUCUUUGGGACAGGGUUUUCAAUCAGACUGUAGGAGUGAUCACCAUGAGUAUCUAAGUCAUUAUCUGGACAUGUUUUUCCCCCAAAAUCAAGAGUCAAAACCAAAAGCAGAACCAAUUGAUUAUUCAGACUUCACAGUGUCAACAGAUACUGAAUUUCUUAGUAUAAUGACUGCAAGUCAGAUGGCUGUUUUUGCACAGGAUGGGAAUGAAAUGCAGAAAAGAAUCACAAAACUAUCAGAAACAGAAGCAGGCAAAAAACCUGAAGAAAGGCAGUAUGGUCACUUCCAACUUGAUUCUGAUGUUGGAACAUGUCUUAAUGUGGCUGAAAAUGAGUAUAAGGAAGAGUAUACGAGUUCCCUUGAGCUUUUUGAUUCUGAGAGUGAUGGGAAAAAUGUUCCCUCUGAGGCUACAAAGCAAGAAGGAAGUGCUCAGGAAAAUACAGAGAAGAUUCAAGAACUCAUUGUACCUGCUGAGCAGCUUGUGAAUGAAAUCCAUAUUGAAGCAUUGAGCUCAGGAAUAUUGUGCUCUCAAGUAGACAGUUCUCAUAGGAGUUCUUCUAAAAGAGCCCACAAGAGUGAAGAUUCCUUUCCUGUUUUUCACUCAGCGUUUAAAAGACAGCUGAAAUCAAAGAGAGCUAAACUGAAUUCUUCUCCAGCUGGCCCUGGGGUGAGAAUGGACCAAGAGAGGAUGACAGAGUUCAAGAAACUUGGAAAGAAGCUAUCACCACUUAAGAAUUGCUGCUGCAAAAAUCAAAAGUACAAUGUUUUGGUCACAGUAUUACAUCCUUGUCAUAUCAAAGAAAUACAGGUGAAGACUAGACCAAAAUCUUCAUGUAAAGUUCCUGUAGCAACAAUUGUAGUUACUGACCAGUCAGAAAUUGAGAGAAAGGUGGUACUGUGGCAUGGUGCUGCAUUUUGGUCACUCACUGUUUUUCCUGGGGAUAUUGUACUUCUUACAGAUGUAAUGAUAUAUGAGAAUCUUUGGUAUGGAGAAAUGAUGUUGCAGUCUACAUUUACCAGUCAGUUACUGAAUCUGGGGAACUACUCAGCUCUCAAUCCAGAAGAAUUUUAUCCUGUAGUGGAUGCUGGUGUUCUCCAAGGCUUAUUGGCAUAUGUAUCUUCAGAAUUUCCACACUUUGGAGACAUUCCACAAAGAAAAGUUCAGAGACUGGAUCAAGUUCAGUAUAUGCAGCUAGACCAGCUCCAGCCAAAUACACUGGUGCACUCAAUCUUGAAAAUUAUCACCAUCACUAUAUUAACAGAAUCUGUGUAUAGCUACAGGGGUGGCAACCAACGAAAAAUCAUUCUAACAGUAGAACAGAAGAGAGAUCAACACUAUAGGAUGGUACUGUGGGGAGCAGGGGCUGCCUGGUGCCCUCAACUUCAAAGGAAAAAAGAUCACAUAUGGGACUUCAGAUACCUUCUAGUCCAACAUAGUUCUGUCUCAGGUGACUUUGAAUUACACACAACUCCAUGGUCAUCCUGUGAGUGCUUGUUUGAUGAUGACACAAGAGCAAUUGAAUUUAAAGAAAAGUUUCAGAAAAGCAAAACAUCUCCCACGCAGAUGACAAAGCUCUCGAUACAUUUGGAGGAAAAAUGUUCAGGAGUGAUUCAUGUGAAAGCCCAUAUCUUAGAACUGAAGUUUACCAUUUCUGUGGGUCAGUACAAACAACUCAUCUUCCAUGCUGACACUUCACUGGAGUGCAUUUUGGCUUCUCUGCCGAUGAUUACGUAUUCAGGUUGUGCUAAAUGCUGUCUGGAACUACAGGCAGAUGAGAACAGGAUCUACAAGCAAUGUGUCAGAUGUUUGCCAUACAACAAAGUAAAAACAUUCUACAGACCUGCUUUGAUGACAGUAGAAGAUGGAGGAUAUGAGAUUUAUGUUCAUGUUGUGUCUGAGUUGAUGGAAAAAAUCUUCCUCAAUAUUCCUGCAGACUGGCUGAACAGAUUAGUAGUGCCCUCUUCAGAUGUAACCUACAGCACAAUAGUGGCAGAUCUGUGUCAUUGGCUGCUAGCAGAUACAGAAGCAUCCUAUUUGUUGGAAAUUAGGAGCCAUUUUGUGUUAGAUGAAAACAGUUAUCCUUUGCAAAAGGAUUUCCAUCUGCUAAAUUUUCAUCUUGAUCUUUGAAGCACUGACCUCUGCAAUAAUUGAUUAAGAGAGACCAUAGGAACACACAAAUGGCAAACAGAAGAAAAAUUCAUUACCUCAAGGAAGCAAAUCUCUUUCAAAAUACAACAGAAGAUUUUAUUCUUAACUUACUAAAAAAAAAUAACCAAGAGGACUGGUAUGGAAUAUCUGAUAUUAGUAUAUACUGCUGCUGUAAUACUAAUUGUCAUAAAGUAUAUUUUAUAUGUAUAUUUUUAUCUUAAUAAACUCUUACUGUGUA